CCUCCUCCCUUUUGCUAAGUGGGUGUGUGUGAGUGCGUGUGUGAGUGUGUGUGUAUAUAAGUAAGAGAGAGGAAAAAACAUUCGUCAUGAUAAAUCUUUUAUUCAUUCAGUAAGAAAGUGUCAAUUGAAGCAGCAGCUGAGAUCUUUUGUGACUGCAGGAGAUAAAAAAGAGAUAAAGUGACUCUCAUCAGUCCAUCAGUCAACAACUAGAGACAGAUUUCUUCCUUUAACUUCAUGAUGGUUCAGAUUAGGAAAAUCUGCUGCAUAGGCGCUGGUUAUGUCGGGGGGCCAACGUGCAGCGUCAUCGCCAGCAUGUGUCCAGAGAUCACAGUGACGGUGGUCGAUGUGAACGAGUCCAGAAUCAAAGCCUGGAACUCAGGCACGCUUCCCAUCUAUGAGCCGGGCCUGAACGAGGUCGUGCUGUCAUGUCGAGGCCAGAACCUUUUUUUCUCCACUGACAUUGACUCGGCCAUCAAGGAAGCAGACCUGGUCUUCAUUUCAGUAAACACUCCCACUAAGACGUACGGGAUGGGAAAAGGCCGAGCGGCUGACCUGAAGUUCAUCGAGGCUUGUGCACGCCGGAUAGUGGAGGUCUCGGACGGUUAUAAGAUUGUGACAGAGAAAAGCACGGUGCCGGUGCGAGCUGCUGAGAGCAUACGCAGGAUUUUCGACGCCAACACCAAACCUAGCCUUAACCUACAGGUGCUUUCCAACCCAGAGUUUCUUGCUGAAGGGACCGCGGUGAAGGACCUUAAGGAGCCGGACCGUGUGCUGAUUGGUGGAGAUGAAACUCCUGAAGGUCAGAAGGCGAUCAGGGCUCUGUGUGAGGUGUAUGAGCACUGGGUGCCCAAGUCCCGCAUCAUCACCACCAACACAUGGUCAUCAGAGCUGUCCAAACUAGCAGCGAACGCAUUUCUGGCUCAGCGUAUCAGCAGCAUAAACUCCAUCUCGGCUCUGUGCGAGUCCACCGGUGCUGAUGUGGAGGAGGUGGCCAGAGCCAUCGGCAUGGACCAGCGCAUUGGCAGCAAGUUCCUCAAGGCCAGCGUGGGUUUUGGAGGAAGCUGUUUCCAGAAGGAUGUGCUAAAUUUAGUAUAUCUGUGUGAGGCACUGAAUCUACCUGAAGUGGCGUCGUACUGGCAGCAGGUGAUCGAUAUGAACGAGUACCAGAGGAAGAGGUUUGCAUGCAGGAUCAUCGACUGUCUAUUUAACACUGUAACAGGAAAGAAAAUUGCCUUGCUAGGCUUCUCUUUCAAGAAAGACACUGGGGACACCAGAGAGUCCUCCAGUAUUUAUAUUUCUAAAUAUCUGAUGGAUGAAGGAGCCGAGCUACACAUUUUUGACCCUAAAGUGCCAAAAGAACAGAUCAUACAGGACCUGUCCCAGCCCAGCAUCUCAGGAGACAAUCCUAAAAGAGUAUCCGAGCUGGUCACUGUGACCUCAGAUCCUUAUGAAGCCUGUAAAAGUGCUCAUGCACUAGUGAUCUGCACUGAGUGGGACAUGUUUAAGGAUCUAGAUUAUGAACAGAUUUAUCACCAGAUGUUGAAGCCGGCGUUCAUUUUCGAUGGCCGCCGAGUUCUUGAUCAUUUACAUCUUCAACUACAGAACCUUGGUUUCCAGAUCGAGACAAUUGGAAAGAAGGUGAUGACCAGGCUUCCUUUCACACCCACAGGGAUCACCCUCAACGAGCCGCCAAUGAAGAAAUCCAAAGUCUGAGACCACACA